GGAACCAUACCAUGUACUACGCGGCAGUGGUACUGGCGAUCGUACUGGGCGCAUCAUCGCUGGCGAACGCGGCGGUGACCCUGCAGCAGAAGGACGUGCUGAGGGCCUUCAUCGAAUCGAGGGCCCAGAAGCGCGCCAGCGGGCCGGCGGAGCCGGACACGUGGGCCGACCCGGCCAGCAGCUUCCGCCACCUGCCCACCAAGUGCGACAGCCCGCCGGCGGGCACCAGGGAGGCCGACAGGAUCGCGGCGCUGCCCGGCCAGCCCCCGCGCGUCAACUUCGACCAGUACUCCGGCUACGUCACGGUGAGCGAGGAGUACGGCCGCGCGCUCUUCUACUACUUCGUGGAGGCCCCCUACGAGGCCUCCUCCAAGCCGCUCGUGCUCUGGCUCAACGGCGGGCCCGGGUGCUCGUCGCUCGGCGCCGGCGCCAUGGCGGAGCUCGGCCCGUUCCGUGUGAACCCCGACGGGAAGACCCUGAGCCGAAACAGGCAUGCCUGGAACAAUGUGGCGAAUGUGAUCUUCCUGGAGUCGCCGGCGGGCGUCGGGUUCUCCUACUCGAACGCUUCGGUGGAGAGCGGCGACGCGGGGACCGCGGUGGACGCCUACCUCUUCCUGCUCAACUGGCUGGAGAGGUUCCCCGAGUACAAGGGCCGCGACUUCUACAUCGCCGGCGAGAGCUACAGCGGGCACUACGUCCCCCAGCUCGCCACCGUCAUCGUCGCCCUCGCCGAAUUCGGUCUCACAGACGUGAACCUCAAGGGCAUCUUCGUUGGCAACCCGUACCUCGAUGACUACAUGAACACAAAGGGAUCGUACGAGUUCUUGUGGAACCACGGGGUGAUCUCGGACGAGGUGUGGGGCAACAUCAGCGAGCACUGCAGCUUCGGGCGGUUCGAGGGCACAGCGUGCGGCGAGGCCAAGAAGUCGUUCAAAAUCGGCGACAUCGACCGAUACAACAUCUACGCCCCGGUCUGCAUCGAGUCGCCGGACGGGAGCCUCCACUCCAGCAGCUACUUACCAGGCUAUGAUCCGUGCAUCGGGGCCUACAUCGCCGCCUACUUCAAUAAUCCUAAGGUGCAGAAGGCUAUGCAUGUUCGAACCAACACCAAGUGGUCAGAGUGCGCUAACUUGCACUGGACCGAUGCCCCGGUUUCCAUGGUGCCAACCCUUGCCUGGCUUGUCGACAACGGGUUAAGAGUCUGGCUGUACAGCGGUGAUAUGGACGAUGUGUGCCCGAUUACCGCCACGAGGUACUCUGUCAAGGAUCUCAAUCUGGCAAUCACAAAACCGUGGCGUCCAUGGUACACCCCUGACAGCGAGGUUGGAGGCUACGCUCAGCAAUACGAGGGAGGGUUCACGUUUGCGUCGGUGCGAGGAGCUGGCCAUAUGGUCCCUAGCUUCCAGCCCAAGAGAUCACUUGUUCUUUUCUACUCCUUCAUGAAAGGUGUUCUGCCACCGGCGGUCUCAGUAUGGCGCCCAUGAGCAUACACCGCCAGUCCUGGCGGUUCUAUAAGUUUUCAACCGGCCGGGGAAACCGAUUAGUCCAGCCGGAUAUUAUUUUUACUAAGUGCGACAUAUAACGUCCCUGAUGACAUCUUGGAGUUCUUUGUAAGAUGAUUUAUCCAUCCACCUUGUGUAUGUUGUCCAAAGGCCGUUAGGGACACGCCGUUCUUCAACUCAAUAAUGUAAUGCAUUAUGUCUUUUUGUGGGUGCAUUAUACUUUGCUUAUCGUGGUUAAAUAAAGUUUCAGAAGUUC